GCCUGGGUUUCUCACCCAGCCAGUGGCCUGGGCGGCAGGGUGCGGAGGCAGUGUAGGGGGGACUGGAGCUGAGUUGAAGGGCUCUAAGAAAAUACAUAUGCGCAGGCACCCAGCUGUGAGGGGGACGAUGGGUGGGGCUGUGGGUACGUGCUGAGGGAGGAGAAGGAGACAGGGUUGAUAGGGGAUGAGCAGGAGGAGGAAGGGAAGUGGAAGAGCGAAGCUAUGGGGGUGGGGAUGGGAAAGAUGGGGAAAGGGAGGAGAGGUGGGGAUGGAGAAAAAUGGUAGAUAUGGAGAAGAAGAUAGGCAUGGUAGAAGAGAGAGGGCCAGAGGAAGAAAGAAGCCAUGGUGGAAGAAGGUACAUGGUUCGGGUCCGAGCCGUGGUGAUGGCCCGAGAUGACUCCAGUGGGGGCUGGCUGCCUGUGGGGGGCGGGGGCCUCAGCCAGGUGAGCGUAUGUCGGGUCCGAGGGGCCAGGCCCGAGGGGGGGGCCCGCCAGGGGCACUACGUCAUCCACGGGGAGCGCCUUCGGGACCAGAAAACCACCUUGGAGUGUACCCUGAGGCCAGGCUUGGUUUACAACAAGGUGAACCCCAUCUUCCAUCACUGGAGCCUGGGUGACUGCAAGUUUGGGCUGACGUUUCAGAGUCCUGCAGAGGCUGAUGAAUUCCAGAAGAGCCUGCUGGCUGCGCUGGCCGCACUGGGUCGAGGCUCGCUCACCCCCUCCUCCUCCUCCUCUUCCUCCUCCCCUUCCCAGGACACCGCAGAGACUCCCUGCCCUCUGACGUCCCACGUGGAUAGCGACUCCUCCUCCAGUCACAGCCGCCAGGAGACACCUCCCACCGCCACGGCGGCCCCCAUCGUCACGGUGGAGUCAGCUUCGGGCUUCGGGCCAGCCACGCCCCCCCAGCGCCGCCGCUCGUCUGCUCAGAGCUUCCCUCCACUCCUACCUUUCACGGGGAUUCCGGAGCCUUCAGAGCCCCUGGCCGGGGCAGGGGGCCCGGGCUGGGGCGGCCGCGGCUACGAGGAUUACCGGCGCGCCGGGCCGCCUGCGCCUCUCGCCCUGUCCACCUGUGUCGUGCGCUUCGCCAAAACCGGAGCGCUGAGGGGCGCAGCCCUGGGGCCCCCUGGGGCGCUACCCGCCCCUCUCACUGAGGCUGCGCCCCCAGCGCCCCCUGCUCGCCCACCCCCAGGCCCCGGCCCGGUCCCAGCGCCGGCCAAGGCCUCCCCCGAGGCGGAGGAGGCAGCGCGCUGCGUGCACUGCCGCGCGCUCUUCCGUCGUCGUGCGGAUGGGCGUGGCGGCCGCUGCGCCGAGGCCCCGGACCCGGGUCGCUUGCUGGUUCGCCGGCUCAGCUGCCUGUGGUGCGCCGAAAGCUUGCUCUACCACUGCCUGUCGGACGCCGAGGGCGACUUCUCGGACCCGUGCGCCUGCGAGCCGGGCCACCCGCGCCCCGCCGCGCGCUGGGCGGCGCUGGCCGCGCUCUCCCUCGCCGUUCCCUGCCUCUGCUGCUACGCACCCCUGCGCGCAUGCCACUGGGUCGCGGCGCGAUGCGGCUGCGCCGGCUGCGGGGGUCGCCACGAGGAGGCGGCACGGUGAGGAAGGCCUGGUGGGUCCGGUAGCCAGACUGAGGACCCAAAAUUGAGGGUCUAGGACCCCGGACUCUGUUCAGACCCCAGACCCAAACCUAGGCACACUUGGAUCUUGGAGCUUGAGUUUGGAUUGAGAAACCCCAGACCUGGAACCUGGACCCCAAAUCUAGGACUGAGAGACCCUAGACCCAGCUUCAUUGGGAUGUCUGUCCAAGAGGUCCCAGGCAUCCUGAGUUCUGGAGUCCCCGUUCUCCACCCCCAACCCCUCUGACCUAGACUGAGGAGACCCAGGGAUUCCCAGACUCCACCUCAGGCAGGCAGGGGAGCACACGGAUUCCUGAGAGUGCAGGACCCUGAAUCCUGACUCCUUGUUUAAAUUACCAACCUAGACCCAGUCAUGCCUGGCACCAUGAACCCUCAGAUUACAGCCCCAGAGUUAGUCAGGAGUUGCCAGUACCUGACCCUGCCUGUAUACAAUUACACCCAGAUCUUGAGACUAUAGGACCCAGAAUCACCCCAAGUUGUUCCUGAAUGCUCACCUAAAACCUGGGGUACCUGUGUCUGAGAUGUUCUUGUAGCCCCAGGACUUUUUAGAUGCCAAGUCUUAAGAUAUCCUGAGUCCUUGGAUGUGCUCAAAUGGAUGUUCUCUUACCCAAAGGACUUGGAAGACCCAUCUUAGAGCCCUUCUCCCCCACACUCACCACCCAAGAUCCAGAAUUCAGAUCAAGAUGCUUUGGGAGCCAGGGAUCAAAGACCUCUGUAGACACACCCAUACCAGGCCAGUGUUCCAAGGAGCUUUGGAUCUCAUAUAUAGGACUCUGAGGUGCCUGGUACCCCCAGAUGUAGAACUGAAGGUCACCAACACCUCAGGUCCCAAGACACUGGUCCCAAACCCUCAGAUGGCCCUUUUCCAACUCUCCUUGGACUCAAUUUCAAGCCCCAGAAUGUCCUGGAAUCUUUAACUUCUUUGUACCCACAGAUCCCCAAUCUCCUAAAGGCUGAAAGCUCAUCUCCCAGAAGAUGUUCAUGGCCACUCAGACCUCUGACUCCUUGAUGCCCCCAGCCCCUGAGUGGCCCAAGGUGCUUUAGGAGCACUGGAUCCAAGGCCCUGAGGUGCCACUGACCCUCCCCCCCAAUUCGGGGCUCAAGCCUGCAUAAUAUUGAGAUUGUCCCUGACCCAAGACCUUGGUCCCUCCAUGCCAGAGACAGUCAGAUCCAAGGUGCCCCAGGAACCUAGCAUCUUCAGAUUCCAGAUUUCUUUGGAUUCAGACCUCUCUAGCCUGAUAUUCUCCAGGUCCAGCUUGAGCAUCCCCUGAGAUCUCCUGCCCCUUGAAUCCUGCCGUACAUAGGCCCCUGAGACCCCAAGUUUCCAGACUCUGGAAUUCUAGUCCCAAGGUUGCAGCAUCCUGCAGAACUACCCCUUUACCCUAGGGGAAAAAACCAUUUUGACUAAUAUUCUUGGAUUCCAGGACCAUCCAAGUGCUCCCCUGCUCCCAUCUCUAGGACCCAGCAUUACCAUAGACAAUUGUGCAGGCUGUUCACUAAACAAAGGCACACAGACAAGGUGGUGAGUGGGGCUGGCCAUGCUGUGCCCUCAGAGGAAGGUGUACAUUUUUCUAAGUUGCACAGAGGCAGCUAGCUAUGGCUCUGCUGGUACAAAAUGUGUGCCCGUGCGCACACACACACACACACACACACACACACACACACACUCACUCUCUCUUUCUCUCUCUCUCUCUCUCCUGGCUUUGCAGUCUUAGCCCUGUCCAAGCCUUUUAUGUUCUGCCCCUCUGUUAACCCCUUCUCUUCCAUCUCAAAGUUGGGGGGCACUUCAGAAAGUUUGAAACCUUGUUUCACAGCACUCUGAGACCGUUCUUCUUGGGGAAGGGGGAUUCCACAGUCUCUUCACCCGAGUGGAUUGGGACUCCCAGAGUACCUCAGAUCUGAUGGCUCGCAUGGGGGGAUCAAGGUCUUGAAACAAGACAAUCUCAGUAUUGUAUGGGCUUGGGACCUGUAUCUGGUCCCAAGCACCUGGAAAUAUGCACUUACCUUUCUUCAUUACCCAGACUUGGAUGGCCUUGUAGGGGUUCAAGGUAUAGGUCAAGGGGGCCAGAGGGAUGGAUCCUUCUGUCACUUCCUUUAAAUUAUUAACUAUUUAUUACAUCCGGAACCUGUGAGAUUCAGCUCUCUCAACCAGACCCUGGGAUGGGUGAGAGAAAAGGGGGGGUGUCCCUCCCAUCCCCACUCUGCCCAGCUCUCAUCACUGUCAGACCCACCAGAGCUGAGGGCGGAGGGACUGGGGGCUGGGGCAGCCUGGGUCCCCAUCCCCCUCUCUGUGCCUCGGUCUCCUCCCUUCCGUGGUGGGCGGGGGGAAGCUCCAUUCUUAACCUACCUCGUUUUGGGGAGGGGUGGGACAGGGGGACCAGAGUGCUGUAAGGUGCUGUGGGAUCUGCGGAUGAAGUGGUGGGGGCUGGGGGAUGGUUCCCUGGCUCCCACCUCCCAGCACCGCCUCUCCCAGGUCUCCCGGUCCUGCUCCCUGCAAAUACCCACCUCUGAUCCAUGAUUACUCUUCAUCACCCUGAAGUCAGGGGUGCAUGGAGGGCUGACCCUGGGAGCCGGGAGACCUCAGAUCCUGGAGCCCCCAGACCCAAUUUCCCAGCUGCUUGCCCCUCGGAUUGGCUGCUUGGCCCCCAGCCUUGGGGGAGGCACUCCCACAUUAAUCUUCCUGAUCUUGAUUCUAAGCCAGUCUGUGACCUCAAUAUUGUUCUCAUCAGUGCAGGCUGAAGUAGUGGGGAAGGAUGGGGGCCAAAGACCCAGCCUUGUCAUCAGGGGAGGGGGGCAUGAGAUAUUGGCUCCAAGAAAUGUCUGUGACAAAGUCUCAGCCUGUGUUCUUUAUUUGCAUUGAUGCACCCCAUCCACUCACCUUCCUGAACCACCAGACCAGUCCUCUACCAGUAUCCUCCUUUCCCCUCCCCACCGUUUAGUCCCAAGCAGACUCUCUGGCUAGUUUUAUACAUCUAGUCACUCUACAGGUCCAUAUAUUAAACACCUAUUAUACACCAAGCCCUGUUCUAGGCACUGUGGAUAAAGCAGUGAACAGAACAGAAAAAAAAUCCUUUCCCAUGAGGAGCUUAUGAACUUUAGAGUGAAGGAGACAAUAAAUAAAUGACAUGUUAGAAAUGAUACCUACUAUAAAGAAAUAAUCAAGUGGAGAUGAGGGAUUCACGCAAUUGCAGCCAGGGUAGUCAGGGAGGCCCCAGUGAGGAGCUAGCAUUUGAAUAAAGCCCCAAAGGAGAUGAGGGAGCCCUAUGGAUGUCUGUGGGAAGAAUAUUCCUGAUAAAGGGGACAGUCAUGCAAAGCCCUCAGGGAGGAGUAUGCCUGGUAAGCCUGAGGGACUUCAAGGGAGCUGGAGGGGAGGAAGCAGGGAGGACGUUACUGAGGAGAUGAAGGCAGAAGGGUGACAGGAAAGAUCUGUAGGGGCCUGCAAGCCACUGCAUGGACUUUGGUGUUCACCCUGAGUGAGAUGGAGCUACAGGAAGGCUCCAAGCAGGGGGUGGGGGAUGUGACUUGACUCAGGUGUCCAAAAGUUCCCUCUGGCUGCCUGUGGGGGACAGACACUGGGGUAGGGGGGCAUAGAGAUAGAGAGGAGGCUGUUGUGAUGGUCCAGGGGAGACAGUGGUGCACAGGACCAGGGUGAGAGCAGUUGGGAUGGGGAAAGAAGUGGGCAGGAUACUAGAUCUGUUUUGAAGGUCCAGUCUACCAAUUGAGAUAUGGAGUUUGCUACAAAGAGAGGAGUCAAGGUUAUGACUCCAAGGCUUUGGCUUGAGCAAUUUUUAAUAUUUUAUUAAGGUUAACAAAUGCCCCUCUGAGUACCCAGCCCUGGGGUAGGCAGGACUAUGGAGGAACUAGAUUAAGGGUAGGCUCUGCCCCUGAGGAGCAAGUUCUGGCCUUUCUUCCCUGAGGCUCUACUCCAAGUCCACUUUUUCACUCUCAGAAGAAUUAUCUAGAAACUACUGGAGACCAGGAUAAAAUCAGGAAUAGAUUAAAUGUGAAACAAUAAUUUUAUCAACAGCUACAAAAACAAUAGCAAUAAUAUAGGUUAAGUGGUUAGAAGCCUGGACUCUGGAAUCAUCUGACUUUGAGUCCUGGCACCACCAUGCAUUCAGUCUGUGACUCACCCUCUCUGAAUCUGUUUUCCAUAAAAUACCUUUCACUCUAAAGAUAAGAUCCUUAUCCCAGUAGCACGCAUGAAAUGCUCAAUAUAUGUUGCCACUUUAAAUUGAGUACCCCUCAUUUGUCCUCUAAGCACUUACAUACAGGACUCUAAUUCUCACAAACAACUGUUAGAGGUAGGUGUUAUUAUCCUCAUAACACAGAAGGGAAGCAAUCUGGCAGGGAUAUAGUGGUGGUGAGUGGUGGAGUCAAAACAAACCCUAAUCCUUGCCUCUUAAUCAUGAUCUGUUGCACCUGCUCCCUCUCUCCAAGGUUUAGGGAGGUCCAAAGGGCGCAUUAUGAUCGAUAAGGACUAACUUUGUUGUUGUGUGUGUGUGUGUGUGUGUCCCUGACAGAAUUCUAACUCUAAGGAGGAAAGGAGGAAACAAGUUUCUAGACUUGGAGCAGAGCUGGGAGAACAAUAUUCGGUCGAGGGUGCUUUAAGAGCAGAGGGCAUCAGAAAGCGGCUGAGGAAGAGGAAACCAUAAUUGCGUCUUUGUCGCAGCAGUAGAGGCACCCGGUGGUCCGUCGGGACAGCCGGGGUCCUGAACGCCUGCUCUGGGUUUACAGAGUCCGGGUGGAGGGGUAAGGGGUGGGGGUGGGGUCCAGACUGGUUACUCUAAGGGCGGUGCUCUAGUACUCCGCAAGGGCGGACCUGGGGACGGGUUCUGCCUCCUUCUAUACCAAUUGGAACGACGAAGGUCCUUAGCGAGAAAAGGCU